UAUAAAGACUAUCGAACAAGUAGGCGUGUGAUUAAGAAUACAUUAGCAUUGUAGGAAUAAAGACAAGUUUUGGCGAAAGCUUAGAUUCCCUUGCUAAUAUGUUUGUUAAGUUUUAUAUCAUAUCUAUCGAGAGGCAUUAUACAGAAGCUGGCGUAUAGGCACGGUUCAUGUUCGAUGUUUGCAUUCAAUUUUACAUAUCACUUUAGUUACCAAGGUAAGAAAGCAGAUUGGCCCACCGAUAUGUUUAAUAGGAAAAGACUGCUUUAACUUGGAUGUUUUUUUUUAUUCAUUUGUACGGUAAAAUGAAAUGUUCCAGUUUUAUUUUAAGAGAUAAACAUCAAAAAAUGAUACUCAUGGGCUACUCAUUUGAUAACAUUGGAAUUAUAUAGUUUAUUCACGUAAAAAGGUAUACCGAAACAAUACUUAGAUGAAAGUUAUAAACUAAAAAGUACACUAUUUGUGUGAUAUCAAAUUUCAAGGUAUAGUAGUUUAGUACCAAUCUACCUUGGAAAGCUUAUGUGCGUGAUAAUAUGAUGAGAAAAUGGUCAAACGUUCGAUUGUUCUAUUGAUGUUUUGUGCAGCGUCAAGUAUACUAAUAUAUGGAUCGUUCAAGAAACUGUCACUAAAUCAGGAAAACAUCCCGACAAAAACAAGAUACUUCGAAUAUUCGUCGAAAGUUCCAGAAAAACAAUGUAUCGAACAACAGCUCAGGCAAAGUACACUUGAACGUGCAUGCAAGAAUCUGAAAUUAAACAGGAAGAAACCACUGAAGAACAAGGAAUUUAUGAAACUCAUUCGAAGAACUAGAUUGUAUUUCUCUGAUCGAUAUAAGCUUCUCGCAUGUCUCAUCCCUAAAGUUGGAUGCACAAGCUUCAAGAAGGUUUUACUCAUGUCGGAGAGUUUGACAAAUGAAACAAACCCGAAGAAAAUAAAAGGCGUUCACGAUACAGCAAAUAGGCUUCUACUUUUAUCGAAUCUCGGAGAUAUCACAGAAAUCAAACAUCGGGUAUUGACAUACUAUAAAGUGAUGAUGGUUCGAGAGCCUUUGCAUCGUGUACUUUCAGCUUACAGGGACAAAUUUCUGGGUAAUAUGGACCCUAUUUUUCAGAAAAUGGCAAAUAAAAUUCAUUCCAAGUUUUCAAAUUCACAUGAGCAAAUAGAUAAUUCAUCUCAAUCAAUUAGCUUCGAAGAAUUCGCAAAUUUUGUUUCGCAAAUGAGUUCAACAAAGAUUAAUAAUAGACAUUGGGAGUUUUACUACAGGUUAUGUUCCCCGUGUAUAAUAAAAUACGACUAUAUUGCUAAGUUAGAAACAGUAGAUGAAGACAUGGAUUAUAUUAUGGACAAAGUUGGAAUGACAAAUAAAAGUUUCCCACAAAAUUAUCCCCCUCAAAAACGAACAAACGACAAAAAAGUUGCUGAAUAUUUUAAAAAUUUACCAGAACUGAAAAAAUCUUUAAUUCGAAAAUACAAAUACGAUUUUGAAUUAUUUGGGUAUUCGCCGAAAUUGAAAUAACAGUUUUCAAAUAUUUUCAAUUCAUUGGAUGAUUCCACAGAAUUGUUACAUAUAUUCAAAUGUAAACAUAGAUGUUACUGUAGAUCAGUGGUUUUCAACCUUGUUGGUAAAGCGAAACCCCAAGAUUUCCUUAAUAGUGGACACUGUAUGGCAAUUGCUUGAUGCUAGGGUCGUCGUAAUAAGCGUCAGUAUCGGAUUGUCUCCAUCUUUCUCAAAGCUGAUCGAUGAAUGCAAAAUUUCGAGAUAUUUAUUUGUCUUCGUGUCAUCGCAGAGAGAGAUUCACAUUAUCGCUAGUCACAUUUGGAAGUAUAAAAGUCUGGAAUCCUAUGGUUAUAGCCUUUACUUUACCCGACUCGGACUAAAAAAAUACAAAGAACGCCUGCACUUGUCCGUAAAAGUAAGCCAUGACAUCGUGCACUUUCGUUGUUGAAUAAACAGUCUUUUUCAAUUAUAUACUCGAGUGUUCAAACUUUUAUUGAUUCUCCAAUAUUUUCUAAUGUAUAAACCACAUACUGUGAUUUUUGCACUGUUGUUACAAAAAGUCAGUUUAUUUGUGGGGUUUUCUUCGAAAUAACAUGAACUUGGUCAAUUAUGUCAA